AUGGGCUCAGGUUGUCCAGCCAUGAGGGUGCCAGGCUAUACCUUCCAGGUUCCCAAGGAGCAGCAGGCCAGUGGCUCCCCCACAUCCAUCUUUGCUAAGUGCUUCCAACUCUGGGCUGUAGGAUUCUUCUCUACUGAGCGCAAGUUAGCCAAUCACCUCAAGAACAACAGCUUUUACCCCUUCAAGCAGCAGCAGCCAGAUGUCUUUGUGCUUGAGUACUACUUGGACACGCUCUGGAAGGGGAUGCUGCUCUUUGUCAUCUGCCUUGUCUUCAUUUCCUGUAAUGUUCUGAGACAGGUGGAGCAUCAGCAGACCUGGGGCUUUCCUGCCUAUGGCAUGAUUAUAGGCCUGUGGCUCACGCUCUCCUCAAUACCCCAGCGCCGCCUAGUGUUGAACCACACACGCGGCAUGUACCACUUCUCGAUCCAGGGCCGAACUGUAUGUCAGGGGCCAAUGCAUCUGGUCUACGUGCGCCUGGCACUCAGCUCUGAUGCCUAUGGAGGUCGCUUCUUCCAGCUGGUCCUUUGUGGCCACAAGCUAGAGCCACUUGUGCUGGUGCAGCUGUCAGAUCGCUAUGAGCAAAUGGAAUUCUUGGGCCGGUACAUUGCCCGGAAACUCAACAUCAACUACUUUGACUACCUGGCCUCUUCCUACCGUCAUGUAGUCCGCCACUGGCCACUGGGGGCCACCUUUAGUCCUGGCAUUGUGCAGCGAAAAACACAAGUCUACACUAAGUCAAGUGUCAACGACCUGGAUGUGUAA